GGCCGCGAAGGGGGUGGACAUAUAAGAUAAUCUUUCGCGCCGACUGCAGAAAAUAUUCCCCAUCCAACAUCUCGCACACUCCACUCCUACAACGAUCCCAAUACUCCUCCUCGAUACUUACAUACACCUCCAUCAAGAUGCAAUUCUCACUCUACUCCCUCGCCGCCAUCUUCUUUGCGGUCAAUGCAAUUGCCGCGCCGCUCGCCGACCACGCUGAAUCAAUGCAGCCAGCCGUCGACAAGCGACAAGCAACGGACCGUGUCCGGGUAGUCUGCGAUUUGGGCCAUAACUCGAGGGGGGAGAACCUGCCGGCGACCCAGCGUUACAAAAAGUACUGCGAGGACCGGGGCGGAAGACUGCGCCAGGAGUGCUUCCACGACGGCGUAAACAUCGAGCGCGAUCUGAUGCCCGAGUUCAAUAGAUUCCCUGAGCUCCACGUCGAAGACUGCCGGAGACAUGGCGGCGAGUUGCGCGACGUCGCGCUCAGUGGCCCGGCUGUUGCGAAAAGGUAGGUGGACGAGGCGGAAGGAAAGGUGGAAGAAGGGAAGGGCUGGGCGGAGGAGAAGAUUAAUGUAUGAAUGGUCGAGAGCUGAAUAGCUGGGGAAUGUUUCUUUCCGAAGUGGUCGUACAUAUUUCACUUUGUUCAAUACCUACUUACUUUGUAAUUGUUUGCGGAAAUGGAUUUGGAUGGC